AUUCAUGUACUUGUAAGUUCGCGGCGCUGUGCGCUGUUGUGUGCGCGUUGCGCUGGCGUUUCGUGGUCUUUGCGUCGCGAUUGAAGUUUAUUGUAUUCUUAAUUUAUUUUCAACCUUAAUUUGAUUUAGGAUUCACUACUAAUUAUCUAGGUAAUAUUUAAGCUUAUUUGUACGUAGGCUUUUGUGUUAGAGGCAGUGCAACCCGUGCUUGCCGUGAUCAAAUCCAACCGUCGCGCGAGGGACAGGGCCACAGGGCUCCAGAGCACGGUCGUGCUCCAGGAGGAAAUUAUUAGCGGUCAUGGGUAGAAGCCGUUCCCGAUCACCACAAAGGCGAGAGCGCCACAGGAGCAGAUCAAAGUCCCGCGAGCGGGAGUGGGACAGUAUCCGCGAUGCCACCCGGGACAUUGCCCGAGAUCCCAUUCGCGACAGGGAUGCGGACCGAGAACGAGAGAGAGAGCGCAGACCUGCAAGAGAGCGUCGUAGGUCCCGAUCCUGUUCCUCGUCUCCUAGACCCCGAAACAGGUCACCACGCCGCAGACGAAGCCGGUCUCCCAGAAGACGUUCUCGUUCACCCAGGCGAAGGUCUAGGAGCAGGGAACGUAAGGAGAAGGGGGACCAAGGCACCGGAGCUGUUCCCAAGUUCCUUCUGGAAAGGCCAGCAAUAACAGCAAAAGACCUCGAAGGCAAAACGGAAGAGGAGAAAGAGAUGCUGAAGAUUAUGGGAUUUGGGAGCUUCGACUCUUCCAAGGGAAAGCACAUACCAGGCAACAAUGUUUAUGCAGUGCACGUCAUCCACAAGCGAAAGUACCGCCAAUACAUGAACCGGAAAGGAGGAUUUAACAGACCCCUGGACUAUGUCGCUUAAUUGCGCCGCCGUGUGUAUUUCGGCGCCAGCGCUUCACACUGCUGCGAGCUCUGCAAACCAAAAUAAAAGAAAUCUGCAAGAGUUUGCUUGGCAUUAUAGUAUGGAUGAAGGCACUUUUGGUGUAUGUGACCACUUGUGUGUCUUACAAGCAGCCCAAUUGACUUUGUAGCUUGAAUUCUUUUGAAACAUGGGCAAAACAUUGGGCAGAUGUUGUCAAAGUGUACUUUUGUGCUAAAUGAGAGAACCAAUGAAUGAUUCGACGACACUCUGUAUUAAUAUAUUUUUUGGCUAUGUUAGCUGCUUAAUAAACUGUAUAUGCAAACCAAAAA